UUCCCUUCCUGCUCCUCCGUUAGCAAUCAGACGGCUACUACCUGUUAGCUGCCCCAGUCUGCUUUAAGCAAGCGGACGAACAGGCGAGUGGCAUUAUUUGCAAGCGGUUUUGCACUCAUCAGUCUGUAUAUAUCUGAAAAUACUGCUUCAGGAUUCUUCCGUGAUAUCGAGUUGCCAUUUUCUUCGAGACAGUCCAAGAUAAAUCUUUACCUAAAGCUUAAACCCCCGGUUAGCUACAAAUCUGCAGGAGACGGUGAUGGUUGUAUUUGUCGUAAGGAAGAAAUAGUUUCAAACUAAAACACAGUUAGUGUUGGUAACAGUGUUUAGACCAAUCAGUUCUGGAGCGAGGAGCAGAGUGGGUAUAAAUCUGAGGUGGUUGCCGUAGAGACGUCUGCCACUGAAGAGUUGAACGCAAGAGCCUGUGAUAUCUCGUAAGGAAAACGUGUGAUGAGCUCAAAGUCGCAGCAAGGCAUACUCCAGCCGGUAUCCCCCUUCAUGACCUUUGGAGAAUACAGAAUACAAUGUCUGACGUGAAAGUCACUGUGAGUGGAAAUCCACCUCCCCCGGAGGUCAUAAAUCCCACGAAGCCUGGACGUGUGACCAAUCAGCUACGGUAUCUGGAGAACGUGGUGAUCAAAGCUUUAUUGAACCAUCAGUAUUCGUGGCCUUUUCAGCAGCCAGUUGAUGCAGUGGCGCUGCAUCUCCCAGAUUAUUAUACAAUUAUCACAAAUCCUAUGGAUCUGGGCACUAUUAAGACGCGUCUUCAGAGCAGAUAUUACUGGCAAGCAUCUGAAUGUAUAGAAGACAUCAACGCUAUGUUCAACAACUGCUAUGUGUACAAUCGGCCUGGAGAUGACAUUGUUCUUAUGGCACGGACCCUCCAAAACAUUUUUUCGCAGAAAUUGUUAAAAAUGCCUAAGGAAGAGUCCGUCACAGCAGUCACUACAAAGGAACCAGUGAAAGGGAAAAAGACAAAUGCAGGUGCAUUCAAGCAGCAAUCUCUGUCAGAAGUUGUUCUGCAGCAGACAUUGACAGUCAUUCCUCUUGAUGCGCCUCCAUUCGACCCACCCCUCCAGCUCUCUGUACAGUCUGAUGCAGCAAUUAAAAAGGCUUUUAAGAGGAAAGCAGACACAGCAAACCACACCACCAACAGUGAGCCUUCACCUACUGAGGAGCAUUCAACACCUUGUACAUUGUUGGCCCGUAGAGGCAGCGGAAGGCCCAUCAAACCUCCUAAGAAAGACUUGCCUGUCUCUGAGGGCAGCAGAGCCAGAUUGUCUGAGCAGCUUAGGUUCUGCAAUGAUAUCCUGAAGGAGAUGCUCUCAAAGAGGCACUGUGCAUAUGCGUGGCCCUUUUAUACACCAGUUGAUGCGGUGACUUUGGGCUUGCACGACUACCACGACAUCAUAAAACAACCUAUGGACCUGAGCACCAUCAAGAAAAAAAUGAAUUACGGAGAGUAUGCAAACGCAAAAGAAUUUGCUGCUGAUGUGCGACUGAUGUUCUCCAACUGUUACAAAUACAAUCCACCUUCAAAUGAAGUGGUUUACAUGGCAAGAAAGCUGCAGGACGUUUUUGAGGCCCGUUUUCUGAAGGUUCCCCAAGAAUUGGAGAGUUGUUCAGUAUCUCAUCAGCUCGUUGACAAGGGAAAAGGAAGCAGAGUUGGAAGUUUGUCAACCUCGGAAAGUUCUGACAGUGAAAGCUCCUCAGAGGCAGAGAGUCCAUCAGAGGAGGUGGCUACGCAGCUGGCCAGUCUAGAGGAGCGGUUGAAAGUUAUGAGUGAUCAGCUGAAGAGACUUAGCCAAGAGCCUCUGUUGAAACCAAAGAGGAGAGAGAAGUUGAAAAAGGAAAAACGAUUGAAAGAAAAGGAUAUUGCACGACUGAAGCGUAAAUCUUCGAAAUACAAAUCUAUUGUAGAAAAAAUUGCUAACAGCAAGAGCUCUUCUUUGAUUGGCAGUGGCGCUAGGUAUGAUUGUGGAGAACCCAUACCUUGUGAGGAGAAGGUGCCACCAUUCUCCUACCAGGAGAAGAAGCAGUUGAAGCUGGACAUCCACAAGCUGCCUGGAGACAAACUGGGCAAGGUGGUGAACAUCAUUCACACUAGAGAAUCUUAUCUGCGAGACUCCACUCUUGAGGAGCUUGAGGUUGAUUUUGGAGUGCUCAAGCCUUCCACACUGAGAGCCCUGCAGAGCUUUGUUGCCGUGUGUCUGAGAAAAAACAAGAAGACUGCAACAAAAACAAAACUGGAACCCACGGGAGGAAUGAAAACUGGGAAGCUAAAGGAUGAUGGGAAAUCUCCGGCUGUAAGCAAAGAACAGCACCCAAUUAGGAAUAAAAAGCCAUUAGUUGCCUCUCCUGAUUUCAGCUGCCCAUCACGCCUCAACGAUAGCAGCAGCAGCAGCUUCUCAUCCUGCAGCUGUAGCAGCAGCAGCAGCAGUAGUCAAACUAGCACUUCUGAUAGCAGUGCCUCUGAAUCAGUGUCAAAAACUAAGAAGCGGAAGUCUAAAUCCAAAGAUGCUUGCCAAAAGAUUAACAAAAAAGUACCGGCAAAGGUGGCACGUGCUACAGUUAAAAAGCAGAUGUCAGUGACCAAAGAUUUGACACACCACUCUGUCAAGACUUGUCAGCUUCCUCCUCCUGUUCAGUCCUUAGUAUCAGAGAGCAAUGGCCAGCCAACACACUGCAAUGCGGACCAGAGCUGUGACGGGCUGACUUUAUCACCUCCAGAUUUGUCUGCCCUUUUAUCUCCCAUGACAUCUCCUGGAGUCUCACCAGACUGGGCUGCUGCCAGAUUUGAGCAGCAUCCAGUGCUGUCCCCUCUCAAAGACAGUCCACUGCCGUCCAAAGAUGAGCCAAGGCCCGAUUUCAGAGGCCCUGAGGAUUUAAGUGACAGUCCAGUCACUAAUGCGCCUUCUGCCUGUACUGCUGAAGAGGAAAAACCACAAAUUCCCAAAAAGGACAUCGUGCUGAAAAACGUAGAGUCUUGGGCGAGACUGGUGAGGGAGUCAGUCACUCCAGCUGCAAUCAAGUCUUCAAAAGAGAGCUUCCAGAAGUUCUGUGAGGCUGCCAUAAAAAAGGAAAAACGUGAAAAGGCACUGAAGAAGAAACCAACAGAUGAGAACAAGGAGAGGCAGACUCCUGAAAAGAGCAGCCGAGCCAGCCUGUAUAAAGUAGAACAAAAUCUACUGCCUGUUAAAGAAGAUCCUGAAGGUGUUUGCACAGAAGCUGCCUCCGAUGCUCCCAAACAUGUCCAUCAGCAAAAAUCUCCAAAUGAAAAUCAACCUCCAAGCAUACAGUCCCCCGUGGACAGGGAAAGAGAGAUGGCUCGCAGAAGGGAGCAAGAACGUCGUAGGCGAGAGGCUAUGUGUGGUAUUGACAUGACUAUGCAGCGGGACAUCAUGACUACGUUUGAGCUUUACCUGGAGUAAAAGUCAGCUGAGAUGUAUCAGGGCAGUGACUCUUGCUUGACAUCUCUAUGAACAACCUGAGCUGUUGUGAGCACAAAACAACCUCAUGUUUGCUCUACAACAAAACAAUAAAAUGAAUGUUUCAUUGUGAAGGGGGGGGGGGG